AUGAGUCAAAACGAAGUUUUAGUCCUUCGUGGAACCCUUGAGGGCCACAACGGUUGGGUCACCGCCCUUGCUACUUCUGCUAGCAACCCCGAUAUUCUCCUUUCCGCUUCUCGUGAUAAGAGCCUUAUCAUCUGGAACCUUACCAGAGACGAACAAGCUUACGGUGUUCCCAAGAGAUCUCUUCACGGACACGCUCACAUUGUCCAAGAUGUCACCAUCUCUCAAGACGGUUCUUACGCCAUCUCUGCUUCUUGGGAUAAGACUCUCCGUCUUUGGGACUUGAAUGACGGAACCACCCUCAGAAGAUUUGUCGGCCACACUGGUGAUGUUUUGUCGGUCUCUUUCUCUCCUGACAACAGACAAAUUGUUUCUGCUGGUCGUGACAGAACCAUCAAGGUCUGGAACACCAUUGGUGACUGUAAAUACACUUACGACGGCCAAAAGUCUCACUCCGACUGGGUCUCUACCGUCAGAUUCUCUCCUGCUACUGACGACAAGUCUCACACCAUCAUCUCUGCUGGUUGGGACAAGCUUGUCAAGGUAAGUUUUAACAUUUCGACAAUAUUUAGAUAUUGUAUUUUUUGA